UGCUAUUGGGUGCAGCGGAGGGGUUGGACUCCGUCACCCCGACGACUGUUACUCUAAUCACGGGGUCGCUCCUCUGCCUCCGCUGCGCACCGGUUAUGGAUCAGGACGCAGCGCACCUCCCUGCUGUCUGCGGCGCGUAGAAAGGUGCCCAAAUGAACCGCCUCCCUCCCGGCUCCUCAGGAGUGCAAUGGCUUAACAGGAGAGACAUGAGUGUCCGGACGGAGGACAGCAUCACCCUGUGCCAAAGGGCUCUCCAGAUCGUUACGGAACUUUGCCUUGCGGGACACGUGGACCGAGAGAAAUGCGCAGACAUUUUCCCCUUGGAGAGCAGCAUACAAGGUAAAGGGCACGCAGACAUCUCUAUCAGUCUCCUUGCUGUGGUCGUGGGUUUCUGUGGCCUCGCCUUGUUGGUAGUCUCUCUCUUUGUCUUUUGGAAGCUGUGCUUGCCCAUUUGGAGGAGCAAGACUCUGUCAGCCCACACCGAAAAUGGCCUCCACGUGGGCUUCCCCGAAGCACCUCCUCCCAGCUCCACUCCUGUCAUUGAGUGCAAAGUGGCGGAGGUGGAGAAGAAACACCCUCCAGAGGUGAAAGUGAAUGGACGGAGCUCUGUGAAGUAUCUUGAAGGAGCUAUGAAGAUCAGUCAGACAUCACCAGACAUCCCCGCAGAGGUACAAACAGCCCUGAGGGAGAAGAUCAGCAAACAGCCAACAAAGAUCCAAAGGCAGACGACUGAGCCAACAUCCUCCUCCAGGCACAAUUCAUUCCGGCGCCACCUGCCUCGUCAAAUGAAUGUCAGCAGUGUAGACUUUAGCAUGGACAAAGUGCCUCUCCGCCAGUCAUCUACAGUGAGCAUUGGAAGAAUAAAACCAGAAUUGUACAAGCAGAAGUCUGUGGACUCUGAGGACGAGGCCAAAGGGCACGUUGAAAUCUGUGGAAAGCUCAGUUUCUCACUGCGUUACGACUAUGAGGAGCAGGCCUUAGUUGUGAAAAUCCUCAAAGCCUUGGACCUGCCUGCCAAAGACUUCACAGGCACCUCAGACCCAUAUGUGAAGAUCUACCUGCUUCCAGAGAGGAAGAAGAAGUUCCAGACGCGAGUCCACCGCAAGAAUUUGAACCCAACUUUUGAUGAGACCUUCUGUUUCCCUGUGGCGUAUGAUGAUCUUUGCAACCGCAAGCUGCACUUCAGUGUCUACGACUUUGACCGCUUCAUGAGCCACGACAUGAUUGGCGAGGUUGUGGUGGACAACCUUUUUGAACUCUCUGAUCUUUCAAGAGAGGCUGUAGUAUGGAAGGAUAUCCACGCAGCAACCACAGAGAGCGUUGACUUGGGAGAGAUCAUGUACUCGUUGUGCUACCUGCCCACAGCAGGGAGAAUGACCCUAACUGUUAUCAAAUGCAGAAACCUCAAAGCCAUGGACAUCACAGGCUCUUCAGAUCCGUACGUGAAGGUUUACCUGGUAUGUAACGGACGGAGGCUGAAAAAGAGGAAAACAACCACCAAGAAAAGCACGCUCAAUCCCGUUUACAACGAGGCCAUCAUCUUUGACAUUCCUCCGGAGAACGUGGAACAAGUCAGUCUGUCCGUCAUGGUCAUGGAUUAUGAUCGGGUUGGACACAAUGAGGUGAUCGGUGUGUGCAGAGCCGGUCCAGAUGCUGUGGGCCUUGGACGAGAUCACUGGAACGAAAUGUUGGCUUAUCCUCGGAAGCCCAUCACACACUGGCACGCUCUGGGAGAGGAAAAUACAGUGGCAGGGAAGAGCUGCAAGCUUUGAGAGUCAAGGUUCGUGUCCUUCGCCCAAGCCUCUGCAGACCCCCUGACGGCUCCAGGUACAAUCAGAACAUCGCUGCUGUGGGAAACCAGAUAAUUGUGUUUACCAUUCUCCAUAAUUUCUUCUGUGGUUGUAUUAUUCUCUUGAAUCCAACUUCUUUUAGUGCUCCACAGAGACAGCUAUGCACAGCACUCACAGGCAUUUGGCUCAAGAGUCUCUAUAGAGUAUUUGCCAUCCAUUUACACGGAUAACAUGAAUAAUAAGCAUCUCUUCAAGAAGCCCAUGAUAGUUUACCUACAACUAUUUGACCCCUUUCAGUAUUAUGUGGAAGAUCUUUUAGCCCUAGCUCAUUAAUGCUUUGCUAUUUUGAUUUGAAAUAGCACAAAGUUAAAGGGCUUUGCUGCUGAGAGCCAUGGAAACAUUUAGUGGUGACUAAACAAGUCAAGAACUCAUAACUGCAGGUAACUUAACAUCUGCAAGGGCUGAGUAUUAAGAAAAGUCAUCCGUCACAGCUGCUGAAGGUACAUGUAGCAAGCAAAUGAGCAAAAUGAUGAUCAAUGAAAUAGAAGUUUGUCUUAAAUGAUUUUGUGGUAUGUUUGUUUCUGAAAGCCAGACUGAAUCUUACAUUAAUUAAACAUAUCAUAUUUAUUUUUUUAAUGACAUGAUAGUAUUUAGGUUACACAAAUAAAAUUAGCUAAAUUAAAAAGGAAAAUGAAAAUAAGUAUUUUGAAUGACAUAACUUUGUACUUUGUUCAAACUAUGGUUACGGAUUGCAUUGAUUUAGCUUCACUUUCAGUAAGAGGUUUCCAACCACUCAUCAAAAUAGAAAUUUGGGGCUUUUACAGAUUUAUCUGAACAUUUAUUCAACAUAGAACUGUAAGGAUUUAGUACAUCUUGCUAGGACCAGGUUGGACCCCCUUCUGGCUUCAAAACUGACUUAAUUCUUUAUUGCAUAGAUUCAAAAAUGUGUCCAUAUUAACAUUAUAGCUUUGCACAGUUGCUGCAGACUUGUUUGCUGAACAUCCAGGAUAUGAAUCUCUAACUUUAAGGAACAUUAGAGUAUAAUGACUGGUUAUUUUAGUUUCUACCAGUCUGCCCAAUCUCCUCUGAUGUCAAAUUGUUAUUUCUGUCCAUACAGCAAAUGUUCACUGAUUACUUUCUCUGUACUGAACCUCUCUCUGUAAACCCAAGAGAUAGUAGUGCAUAAAAAUCCCAGUAGAUCAGCAGUUUCUGAAAUACUCAAGACCAACCAUCCCAUACUGAAUUCCUUUUUCUUCUGAUGCUCUGUUUGAACUUCGGCAAGUUCACAUCUAGAAGCCUAAAUGCAUUAAGUGGCUGCCUUGUCAUUGGCUGGAUCACUAUUUGUGUAUAAAGCAAAUGAAGAAGUGUACAUAAUAAGGUGGAUGGUAGGUGUAGAGUACGUCACAGAUUUUUGGUAUCUUGGCAGGGCUACACAGCGGUGCAGUUGUUAGCAUUGUUGCUACGCUUGGUACUUCUGCAUGGAGUUUGCAUGAUCUCCCUGUGCAUGCUUGGGUUCUCUCCUGGUUCUCCAGCAUCCUUCCACAGUCCAAAACAUGACUGUUAGCUUAACUGAUUAUUCUUAAUUGCCCUCAAGUAUGAGUGUGUGAGAGCAUGGGUAUAUGUCCUGUGUGUCUCUGGAUGGAUGGAGCUUAGCAUUGACACCAGGCUUUUUGUCAGCAUUAAUAGGCUUGUGGUGAUAUCCUGGAGGGGUAUUUACUGUACAUACCCUUUGGCCAGAAGGUUCCUCAAAUUUCAUCCAUUUAGCAAAUCUAAGGAUGGGGAUUUCAAGGCAAAUGACAAAUUUUUAGUUUGUUGUGUCAUCCCAGCCACAAAAAGAGGACUGUUGAAACAAAUCAUCAAAAGUGGAAGAUUAUUGCCAUUCAUUCCCAUAUGUGUUUCUAAACCUCUUACUGCAAAUGUACAAUAAUCAAUGCGACAUUAACAGAUUGUCUGAAAUAUUACAGCCUAUUAAUGCAUUAUUUCAACAUUACUUGAAAAAUUGGGAGAAUGAAUGAAUGAAUGUAAAAUAAGUUCACAUAUAAAAACACUUUGCAUUAAACAGUCUUCAUAGUCAGAAAUUCAGGGAUGUGUAUUUAAAAACAGCUGCACCUCCACUUACAGAAACUUUUUAAUGUUUCAAUUUAUGUAUGUCAAAGUCAUUUCAGGACAUCUAAAACGGGAACUUCUCUCUUUAUGUUAGUAAUAAACUAACUAAUCAGCAUAGCAAUUAGAGAAAGGCUAUGUACUGUUAUCUUUUUGCACAUGCAGUAAAUUAUUAUUUUCUGCUCUUUUGUCCUUAGUAUGAAAAAAGUCCUAUUUUUACUUGUAGCAUGCCUGUCGCCACUUUUAAAAAAAGCACCUACUGCAAGAAAAGAGUGCAAUGUUUAGCUUUGAAAAUUUGUUACAGUGCAUUUACAGUUGUUUAUAUAUAUGCACAGAAACCUGUGUACACAGCUCUGUUUCAUAAGAAGGUUGGGACUGUGUAAGAUCUUAAUAAAAAGCAGAAUGCAGUGUCUUGCAGAUCAACACUGAAUUUGAAUAAAAUAAUCUACAUUUGACUGAGAGGAUAAUGAAAUGUUUUUGAUCCUUUAUAAAGAAUUUUACCUCCAUAUCAUGUUCAUUCGAUUAUGUUCUUUGUCUGGACUUGGAGCAUUCCUUGUCAAACAGACCACAGCCAAUUACAGAAAGAGAUGUUCAAUUUAAUCUGUAAGCUGUACCUUUUUUUUAAUAUAUGAUCUAGUAUUGGAAACAUUAAAGAAACCUCAAACUCUGCAACAAGCUGCUGCUACAAUAAAAGCAGAAGUCAGAUAAAUGAAUUUAGUUAAUAAAAUCCACAUUUGGUUUGUUCAUCUACAUGCAUGAAUUUGCUGAUUGGUGAACUGUAUAUGUAGCUUUCUACUCUGUCAUGUGGUCAUUCCUGGUUUCCACUUUAGAAAACUAGGGAUGCACAAUAUAUUGCUAACUUAUUGUUAUCACCAUAUCACUGUAUGCAAUAUACCAAUUGCAAAGUACUGCCUGGUUGCAAAUGUUGGCUAAUUGUUUAAGUGCCAUGCAUUCUGACUUUGUGUGCUGGUAAAACAUUCGGUAGCAGUUGUUUUGUGGUUAAGUCAUUAAGAACGAGUUGAUUCAAUGCCGAAGCAGCAGAUGUCGGUCAGAAGCAACCUUGUUUUUGAGAUGUAAAUAACAAAUUCAUUAUCUUAGAUCUAUGUUUACUAUAAACCAAAAGCAGAAAGACUAACGCUUUUUAAUUAUAUGUUAAUCGCAAGUUAUAUCGUUACUGCAACAUUACUACAAUAUAUUAUCCCAUGUUUUCCUUUUAUUGUGCAUUGCUACAUAAAAGAAAAACAAAAACAGUGGAAGUAUUUUUUUUUUAUUUUCUCUGUCCCAAUAUAGCGAGUCAUUUUCUUCUGGUCAAAGAAACUUUUUAAAAAAGGGAAAACACAUUCUUCAGAAAAAUAGUAUCAGCACUAGUGAACCUUGGAUCAUACACGUCCAAUGGGAUGUUAGCGGCACCACAAUCAGCCAAUCAGCUGUACUUUGAUUCUGUCUCUCCAUUAACACGUUUCUUGCCAAAUUCUGUCACAUAAACACACAUGAGAAAGCUUGUUUUAAAUAAAAGGAGCUUAAUAGUUUUUCAGAUGAACAAAAUUUUUUAUUUCUAAAUUUUUUUAAACAUUUCCCUGUUUUAAAAUCAGGCUUUUGAUCAUUUAAAUAAACACAUUCUGCUUCUAAUUACAUUCCACACAGAUCCCAACUGUGUUUUGACAACAGGGCUGUAAUGGUCAGCAGUUCUGUUUGUAAAUACUGAGAGGUGUUGUGAUUUUAUGGAAAACAAAGACAUCAAAAUGUAUGUCUAUUGUUUGGUGACAUUUUGAAAAUCUCAGACUUGUACUCAAGUGACUUUUAUACACGUCCUGUAAUAGUUGUGAACAAGUGGAGCUGGAAAGCCCGGUGAAGCCAACUUUUAAUCAAUCAACUUGUUCCAUAUGUAGGAGACUAGAGCUUUGGGCUGUAAUUGUUUAACUAUUCGGUUUUGUCUGUAUUAAGCAAGAACAACUGCUACCAAUGUCAUGAUGUGUACAGUUUGUGAUAACUUUUGUAAACAUCUGAUUUCAGAUCUGAUUUAUUGUAAUUGUUUCAUAUGUAUUUUAAAAAACAAAUAAAAACGUAAUGGUUUUGUC